UUAGGCCUUGCUCCCGUAGACUAAACUACACGGAGUUUAUCGGGAAAAUCAAAAUUUUUAGUUACUUUCGGACCAGAGGUUAGGAAAAAGAACGAUGUUUAAGAAAUCUGCGUUAAUUCUAAGUCGGUGCAUUCAGCCCACAUACACGAGGUCCCACCACCUCAAGGUCCUUCGGAUCUUAAGAAAGCAAGACAAACAAGAUGGAGUUCCCAAUCAGAUGCCCAAAAGGUUUGAUGAUGAGGAUUCCUUUGAGGUUGUCCAUAUACAGCAGCUAAAUUCCUCUCCACUCGUCAACCCAAUGCAACGAAGAUUCUUGGAUGAUUCUGAACAGCAAGAGGAAGAAAAAAUUGGAUUAAAUCGAUCGAAGGAAGAAGAACAGCACGAAGAGCUCGAAAAGCUAAAGCAAGAAUGUCGGAGACUGGCAAAAGAGAUCACUAUGGCUGGCGAUGAUGGCGAUAUCAAGAAGGCAUGCAAGGAAUUGGCCAAACAAGAAAAGAAAGAAAAGGAGGCUUUGAAAAAAAAGUGCAGAGAGUUGGCUGAAAAGGAAAAAUGUGAGCAGGAUGAACUUAAAAAGAAAUGCGAAAAAUUGAAGAAGAAAGGUAAAGGCAAGAAAGGUAAAGGCAAGAAAGGUAAAGGCAAGAAAGAUAAGGAUGAUAAAGACGAAGACGAUAAGGACAAAUGCGCCGAAGAAGACCCUUGUGCCGGAGAAGACCCUUGUGCAGAAGAAGAAGGUGGCGGAGAAGAAGAAGGUGGCGGCGAAGAAGACUCCAAUGCUAAGAAAGAUCCUUGCCAAAAAGAAGAUCCAUGCAAAAAAGAAGACCCGUGCAAGAAAAAAAAACCUGAUAUGAAAAAGAUAUGCAAAGAAUUGGCUGAAAAAGAAAAAUGCAAGCAAAUGGCCAAGAAGCAAAAGAUGAAAAAAAUGUUAAAAAAGUGUAAAGAACUGGCUCAAAAGGAGAAGUGCAGAAAGCUAGCCGAGAAAGAAAAAUGCAAAAAGAAAGCCGGAAAGGGCAAGGGCAAGAAGAAGUAGGUGACCAAUGGGAUUUAACGCUAACUCGAGAUCAAAGUUUAUAUAUUUUAAAAUACUUUUAAGUUAAUGCUAAUGGUUUUAAAUUUAAUAGAAAUAACAGGCUAUACGCGUCUAAUGUAUAAUAUAUAAGCUGCCGAUUUUGUUGAUAAUUUAACAUAAUAAAAACCUUAAGUAUAUCCUU